AUGCCUUCGAUCCGGUCACUCCUGUUCGCUGGACUCCAGGUCACUGGCCUUGCGCUGGCCGACUCUACCGAUAACUAUGAGGACUCGCCAGAUGUUGGCGUAUUCAGACAGGUGCUGGGCCGCCUGCCUGAAGAGUCGAUCCAUGCCGCAUUGUCUGGACAUCUAGGAGGAAAGUAUCAGGCUGGCGUAUUCGAGAAGGACCACAGGGCCAUGGAGCACAUCCACAACGACAACCCAUCCUUGGCUUCGCGUCUCAUUGAGAUUGCAAAGCACGAUGUCGCUGUCCGAGCAGAGUUGCGCAAGAGACAGGACAACAGCGUCGAUAACACGACCGUCAUCGCUGUGCCUUCGACCACCACCUCGGACCAAGUAUCUACCACCAGUACCGAGGCCGUCAUCGUUACCGACUCAAGCACGACUUCCGUAUCAUUGACCACAGAGACUUCGGCCCGUGCGACGACCGACGCUCCUACUUCGACUGUUGAAUCGUCGGCAGCUCCUUCGAGCAUUACAGGAGGUGAGAGCAGUGCUGAUUCGUCGUCCGCUUCUUCUGCGUUUGUGUCUACUUCUGCUUCUCCUGCGUCGCGCUCGGAUACUGUUGUUGCUACCUCUUCCGGCUCGAAUGUUGCUUCCUCCUCCCAGACCUCGUCUGCCGAGCCCUCCUCUGCCGCCCAGAGUUCUGCCUCCUCCCAGCAGAGCUCUGUUUCUUCUGCUGCCGCGUCAUCCUCCGCGGCACAGUCUUCUGCUUCGUCCUCUGCCCGCGAGACUUCUCAGAUCUCUGAUGCUUCUACUGUUUUACUCUCCCCAUCCUCCUCUUCUGGUGCGAUUUCUUCUGGACGUAGCUCAUCUGUUGUAGCAUCCUCAUCGGUAGCUUCCUCGACUGAAGCCUCAUCAGCUCCCGAAAGCUCGGCUGCUUCUUCCGCAGAAACCUCUGACCAAAGCUCUGCCGCCAGUUCUAUACAACCAACCGUCGUCGCCGUUACUACCACUAACUCAGCUGGAAGCACUAUCGAGACUUCGGCCACCGCGACCCGCCAGAUUGCUGCCUCUACCACUAGCGCUCGUAGCUCCGCUGCUGCCUCGUCCGCCCCUGAGUCGACUGCUUCUGGUGUUCUUGUUCCUGUUGUGCUGUCGAGCACCAACAACGAUGGAAGUACUGUGUACCAGACCACUUCGGCUUUCCAGCAGUCCGCAUCCGUUAGUGUUGAGCAGACUUACACCACUACAGACUCACAAGGCCGUGCUGUAACCACCUCUGCUCGUUUCCCCGGAGUUGUCGUUGUUACUACCAACUCGCGAGGAUCGACCAUCUCAACAACUUCCGCUAUUGCCAGCGUUGCUGUUGAUCAGAAUGGAGAUGUGAUUAGUUCUGUCGAUGCACCUGCGCCAAGUGGAAGCACUCGUCGUACAAGCGAUUCUGAAGUCGUGACUACUACCGAUCAGUAUGGCGCCAGCGUAAUCCUCUCUGGUGCUUCGCGUGGAGCCGUCAUUACUACCACGGAUGCCAAGGGUUCUACCUUCAUCACCACCUACACUCCCGGUGGUGGCAGAGUCAGCUCUCUGGUCUUGAUGACUACAACCUUGCCCGAUGGCGCACCCGCCACUGUGACCUCGCUUGCUGUUGUUGGCGGUGCACAAGCUGCGACCGCCUCAUCGGAUCGUCCCAGCUCUACCAACACUGCCGCUCCUGGCCUGCAGUCUGGUGCUGCCAGCGCAUCUCACGCUCACAUGAAGGGUGCAUUUGCUGUCGUUGGUGGUGUGUUGGGUCUUGCCUACAUGCUUUAA